UUUUUUGGCUUAUAUAAUAACAUAGUAAAAUUUAACAUCAACAGGACUGUACCAUUACCUACAUUUGGCAGCAAACUUCUAUUACUGUAGCCAGACAUUUGAAAUUAAUUAAAACUAACAUGCACACAAUCUUCAUUUCAGAAUAAAAGAUAAAAAAAAUAUUAAUUUUCUAACACUGCUAAUUAAUACAUAUUCACUUAUUCCUCACUUUGUGUGUCACAUUUAAAUAAUAUAUUUAAUGUUAUGUGACCACACCUCUUGUUUUCUGAAGGAGCUCUCAGCUGAACCUCUACAAAUAACUGAUCCUCCUCCUGCAGCAUCCUCUGGACCUUUCAGGAAGCCAGCAGGUAGGUUGCCAUCUGUUUAUACCGCAUCUGGAUGCUUAUUUUUAAUCAUUUCAAUAAUCUGUAGGGUUUCUUUUGCCGUUUUACUGAAAAUCAAGUCUAAAUUUUUGAACUUAACAUGAGAAAACUAAGACAAUUGCAAGGAUAUCUACAGCAGUGUAUAGAACACUUACAAAAAAUUAGAUUAUUUUAUUUAAGAUGCUUUUGUGGGGUUUUAAUCCUUAACAUUUAAAUCACUCAUGUAAAUUCAUAUCAAAAAUAACAUUUAAUAUUUAAAUUUAUGAGAUUAAUUCAUAGGAUUUAUUUAUUUUUCUGCCUUAAAUGAGCUUUACGAGUGACUGAUUUGACUUUAAAGAACUGUGAAUGCAACUAAAUCUGUCAAGUAGUCAAUCAGAUGUAUGUAAAAUUCAGCACAAAUUAAAAUAAAUCAAACUAUCAAUAUUUGCACAAAAUGUAUUUUUUUGUUAAUUAAUGACAGUAUUUUUUCCACUUUUGCCCUUUUUUAAACCUAGCCAGAAUGAAUCAAAGUGUCUGGAGCAAAGGCAUGUUCUCCUCCAGCAGCAUUUGCCUGGAUGGCUGCACUGCAGAACACCUUUCCUCGUUUCAGCCGUCACAUUCAGAGGCAUUAAGUGUUUCCACGACUUUCCACAGAGACAGCAAGACCAUGAAAACACUACCCGACAGUUCGUAUUACAGCAGCGGAGACACAGCUUCUGGUCUGAUCUGUUCAUCCAGAGACGACACCGCUGGACAUUUACCCAACUCCUACCUCCACCCGGACUGGAACCUGAACAGCGGUCGCCAGGCAAAGCGAGCCAGAGUGGAAAAUAUCAUCAAAGGUAUGACCGGCUCUCCUGGUUUGUGCUGCUCAGGUGUGACAACAGAUCAGGACUGUGUGCAGGAAGAAGAAACCAUUGAAGAGCUGCCUUUAAAUCUGAAACACUUGGACAGAAGUGGAUCGAGUCAAAGUCGGGCAGCAAGAAAACAGAACCUCAGACAGCUCAGGACAAGAUUCAAUCACACGGAUGAAGGAAGUGAAACAACAGACAGCAGCAAAGAGGAGAAAUAUCCCAGAGAUUCUCCUGAAACAUCUCCAAGUGAUGCGUUCACUGACCCGUACUGUGAGUUUGAAAAUAGAAAGCAUCAAGGGUGGAAGAAGGUGAAGCUCAUGAGCUACUUUCAGUCCAAACCAGAGCGGAUAAAGCUGAUGGCGGAUGUUUUAAAGCAUGAACUGUCCAGAGCUGUGAGCAGAAGCGUGGACUCAAUUUUCACAAGCAUGCCACUACUCCAGACUAAUGAUGUGGAGAAUGUAGAGACUGAUACUGAUCUUCAGUCGUCGACUUGUAGAGAUAGUAAACUUCCUUGCUGUGGGGCUACAGAGGUGCCAGAUGUUCAGACAGAAGCUUUAUCUCUGGUUGUGCGGAAGCCGAAUGUGGAAACAUCCAACAAGUUUGUCCUCCAGUCCAGGCUGAAACCUCACCAUCAUCCCAAAUCUCCGAACACCUUCAGCCACGACUCAGCUCGGCGUGAGGAUCAAGUCUCAGAGAAGAACCACAGAUGUUUGCCGGAAGUUGUUCAGUCGAAGUUUGAGGCGUUUGAUGCUCAUUGGAACUCGGUCAAAGUGAGAUCGAAGGUCAACUCCAGAUCGGUGAGAAGUCCACAGAUUCACACUGUGUCCGUGGAUCCGAUGCUUCUGGAGAGUCUGUGUCUUCCUCAUGUCAAGACUGAGUCGGAUAGUCUGGUGAAGAACAACCUGUGCAUGCUGAAUGAGGGUCUGACCACAAACCAUCUGAAGAAAGCAAAGCUCAUGUUCUUCUACACUCGCUACCCGAGCUCACUGGUGCUGAAGAUGUGUUUCCACGACGUACAGUUCACGCGCUGCAUCACCUCCCAGCUCAUCAAGUGGUUCAGUAACUUCAGAGAGUUCUACUACAUCCAGAUGGAGAAGUUCGCCCGUCACGCUCUGAUGGAGGGGGUGGUGGACGUCCAGCGUCUGGCUGUGGGCAGAGAAUCAGAACUUUUCAGAGCUCUCAACAUGCACUACAACAAGGCCAAUGACUUCCAGAUUUCAUGUGGAUUCACAGGUUCUGAGAGAUUCCUGGAAGUUGCUGAGAUUACACUGAGAGAGUUUUACGUUGCCAUUUCAAUGGGGAAGGAUGAGAAUCCGUCCUGGAAGAAAGCGAUCUACAAGGUGAUCUGUAAACUGGACAGCGACGUACCAGCGGAGUUCAAAAGCCAACACGCUGGAUAAGAACCAGCAGAAGGCAUCAUGUGCCACAGCCGUUACUGUCUCAAUGUGGACUUGCUCAUUUCUUGGUCAGCAAACUGCUUCGUCUUCAUGUAAACACAACAUUGUAAAACAGCUGAGCCAUCUGUUUAGUGAAGG